CCUUUCCUCUAUAAAUCCCUAAAUCCCCUUUUUCUCUCUCACAUGUUCGUUCUCUUCCGCCCUUUCUCUCUCUUCUUUCCUUCGUUUCUCUCUCCUUCUCUGCAACAAUGGAGUUCCUAUCCGCGGCUCUUCUCGGCCUUCUAUUGGCCUCCAUCCUUCCUCUCUUUUUCUUCUUCUCUUUCAGAGACGGAAUCAAACACGACGGCGACAACAACACCACCGCCGUAAUCGAUUCAAAGAUUCCGUCGGGAAAUGACGUCCGUCGCGCCGAAUCCUCCGAUGAUUUUGACGUUAUCAUCGUCGGCGCUGGAGUUGCCGGCGCCGCCCUUGCUUAUACUCUCGCCAAGGAUGGACGAAAAGUGCAUGUAAUUGAAAGAGACUUGUCGGAGCCGGAGAGAAUCGUCGGAGAAUUGCUUCAACCCGGCGGCUAUUUGAAGCUCAUCGAGUUAGGGCUUGAAGACAGUCUGAAGGGGAUCGAUGCUCAGCAGGUGUUUGGUUAUGCGCUCUUCAAAGACGGAAACCACACCAGAUUGGCUUAUCCUUUGGACAAAUUUGAUUCCAAUAUUUCUGGGAGAAGCUUCCACAAUGGCCGAUUCAUUCAGAGGUUGAGGCAAAAGGCUGCUGCUCUUUCCAAUGUAAAACUGGAACAAGGGACUGUAACUUCCAUAGUUGAAGAAGAUGGGACUGUAAAAGGUGUGCAAUAUAAAACCAAGAAUGGACAAGAGUUGACAUCUUAUGCUCCCCUCACCAUUGUUUGUGAUGGCGGCUUUUCGAAUUUGCGUCGCAACCUCUGCAAACCUCAGAUUGAUAUUCCCUCAUGCUUUGUUGGUUUGGUCCUGGAGAACUGUAAGCUGCCCCUUGAAAAUCAUGGACAUGUUGUGCUUGCUGACCCAUCGCCUAUCUUGUUAUACCGGAUUAGCAGCACGGAGAUACGCUGCUUAGUCGAUAUCCCCGGCCAAAAAGUGCCUUCUGUGGCUAACGGCGACAUGGCACACUACUUGAAAACCGCUGUGGCUCCUCAGCUACCGCCCGAGUUGCAGACCGCCUUCAUAGCUUCAGUUGAUAAGGGGAACAUAAAAAGCACAACAAACAGAAGCAUGCCAGCAGCCCCACAUCCCACACCAGGAGCACUUCUCUUGGGUGAUGCAUUCAACAUGCGACAUCCUUUAACCGGUGGAGGUAUGACCGUUGCUCUCGCCGAUAUCGUCGUGCUACGAGACCUUCUUCGACCCCUUUCAAAUUUGAACGAUGCCGAUGCCUUGUGCAACUAUCUCGAAUCCUUCUACACAUUGCGAAAGCCAGUGGCAUCUACAAUAAACACAUUGGCAGGUGCCUUAUACCAGGUCUUUUGUGCAUCGCCCGACCCGGCCAGGAAGGAAAUGCGCGAAGCUUGUUUCGAUUAUUUGAGUCUAGGAGGUGUAUUUUCCUCUGGACCAGUGUCUCUUCUCUCUGGUCUCAACCCGCGCCCAUUAAGCCUGUUCUGUCACUUCUUUGCCGUGGCCAUAUACGGUGUCACUCGGUUGCUAAUCCCAUUCCCUUCGCCUAAGCGUAUAUGGAUCGGAGUUCGAUUGAUUACGGGAGCAGCAGGCAUAAUUUUUCCCAUAAUCAAGGCUGAAGGAGUGAGACAAAUGUUCUUUCCUGCAACAAUGCCUGCAUACUACAGAGCCCCUCCUAUGCAGUGAAAGCAAAGGAAAAGGUAACUCAACAUACGAUUAUGGUACUUAGUAGUAUGUUUCUCAAAGCACAAAGAAUUGAAUGGGGAAACGCUACUGAUAGGAAAAUGAAAUGAAAUGUAGAAUUUAUCCCUUAAAACUUAAAACUAUAUGAUUUUUUUUGUCCACUCUUCUCUCGUUCUGUCUCUGUUUGGGAACAAAAUUUCCUUCAAACUUAGUUUUUGUUUAGAGAAUUCUUUAACAAGCUGUUACCCCUACUGCUAUGGUACAUAUUUGAGGGAAAUAAAGUUAGAAGCCCGUGUGUUCUUGUUUCGAA